CAGGUAUGGACGCUCUGUUGGGUAGUUUCUUGAUUUUGUGGUGAUAUCAGCACCUCGCAGUCUGAUGCCCCGGCGUUUCUUUACACCGAAGCGGGUUCUUGAGCAGCUCUGGGUCUGAACCCUCUCCGUGGUGCCCAGAGAAGAUGUCGGCAGCCGAGUACGACUCCAGUCAGCUCAAUAAGUUUGAGAAACUGUCCUGGAGGCCCUCCAUCCGCGACUCAGGCUCCAAGAAGCGUGCACGAUGGCUUCAGGCUCGACGCAUCUUCUCCCCUUCCUGCCCCAACCUGCGGAUUCCCAACAGGUUUCUGAGAGAAGGACACUGUGUACCCCCCUCUCGGAGCGGACACCGUUGUGUGGCGGACAGCACCAACCUGUAUGUGUUUGGUGGCUACAACCCAGACUUUGAGGAGGCAGGGGGGUCAGAAAAUGAAGAUUAUCCUCUUUUCAGGGAGCUUUGGCGGUUUCAUUUUGCCACAGCCACCUGGCAGCAGGUCCGCACAGAGGGUUACAUGCCCACAGAGCUGGCGUCCAUGUCAACUGUUUUUCAUGGCAACAACCUUCUCGUGUUUGGUGGAACUGGGAUUCCUUUUGGUGAAAACAACGGUAAUGACGUCCAUGUUUGCAACGUUCAAUACAAACGAUGGAACCUGCUCAACUGCAGAGGGAAGAAACCCAACAAGAUCUACGGACAGGCGAUGGUCAUUAUAAAUGGCUACCUCUAUGUGUUUGGGGGGACAACAGGCUACCUUUACAGCACCGACCUGCACAGGCUAGACCUCACCACCAGGGAAUGGACCCACCUCAAACCCCACAACGCACCCACAGAUCUACCUGAAGAGAGAUAUAGACAUGAACUAGCUCAUGAUGGACAGAGAAUAUACAUUUUAGGAGGUGGGACUUCGUGGACGUCAUAUCCCCUGGACAAAAUUCAUGCGUAUAACUUGGAGACAAAUUACUGGGAGGAAAUAGUCACCAGACCUCAUGGAAAAAUAGGAUAUCCAGCUGCCCGCAGGUGUCACAGCUGUGUGCAAGUCAAGGAUGAGGUGUUUGUAUGUGGGGGUUAUAAUGGAGAGAUUAUCCUACCUGACCUGUGGAAGAUCAACCUGCAGACUUUUCAGUGGACCAAGCUGCCUGCCAUCAUGCCAGAGCCAGCUUACUUUCACUGUGCUGCAGUCACUCCGGCUGGCUGCAUGUAUGUCCACGGCGGUGUCGUCAACAUGUCCGGGAACCGGAGGACUGGCUCUUUGUACAAAGUGUGGUUGGUGGUGCCCAGCCUGCUGGAACUGACCUGGGAGAAACUGCUGAAAACGUUCCCUCACGUAAGCCAGCUGUCCACACUUCAGCUGCUCAGCCUGGGACUGACACACACACUAAUUCAGCGGCUGAAAUAGACAAAGCCCUGAGGGCAGCGGUAUGUGAUGGAACAGCACUGACUCUAAAAUCAAAGAUAACGAGAAAAAACACUUCAUCUUGAUGAAAUAUGAUGUCAUGAUGGUUCUGAAAAAUACUUUGAAUGCCUUCUAAAUUUUAAUCUUAUGUAAAUGUGUGUUUCUUUUUUUAAAUGGAAAGUGCAAUUUUUUGAGUUCCCUUGUAUGUCAAUACGUCAGAUUUGCAUACAUCCAUCAGAAGCCAUGCAUCAGUUUGGACACAAGAUUAACUGUAUGCUGAUUUCCUUUGCUCAUCAUUUAUAUAGUUUGCUUCAAAGUUACUUUCCCACAUUUUACUGUCACCGAAACUUGCGAGGGGGGUUGCUAAAUGUUACAAACACCGUUUCUUGACAGAUUGAAUGUUCCCUCUUGUGGUGUCAUUUUUUUAAGCUUUCACACACCAUUGUCAUCUUUGACUCAUGUUCAGUCUGCUGCUGCUACGCCCACUGUGACAUAGGUAAAGAAAUCUGUGACUGUUUAAUUUGUAAUCUGUGGGAUUCUUGGAAAAGAGGCAAACUGCUGAUACAUUAUAACUGUGAUACCUCUCAACAGUCUAGUUAGGUCAGUUAUUGAAGGGAUCUUGUUUUAGCCUCAAUGACUCUGAUUGCAUGCUGUGAUUUUUAACUCCACUCUUCAAAUUGAAAAAUGUUCCCCUCAUUGGUCACAUUAGGUCUUGUAAUCGGAUAAAAGCCCAAAAGCUCUUCAAACAUCUGUGACAUGGCAUCACUGUGAAUUUUCUAGUGCCUCUAUCAUUUUUCUUCCUCCUCACUUGGUUAGGAAUGAAUUUAUACACCUGUAGCUCCACAGUGACGCUUGAGCCUUUUUAAAAAUAAAUUCUUAAUUGGGUGCCUUCUGAAUCCCCCAAAAUGUCACACAUUGUUAUCCUAUCUCUGUAAUUCAUCUAUGAAAGUCUUUUUAUUUAUUCUCUACUCUCUGGACGGUGUACAUGUAGACUUUUCUCUGUGUGAUUUAUUAGGUGCUCUCCAGGUGAGCCUUUUUGUUGCUGAUUUAUUUUAAUUUUUUUCUGUUCAUGAUUGAUCAGGAGGUGCCGCUUGCAGCUGAAGAUUUUCCUAUAACUUAAACCCAGAGACAUUUACUUAUUUAUUUUAAUUACUGUGCUGCUGUUUAGUUUUAUUACAAAACUUUAGAUUAUAGCUGAAUGUGUAGUUACAUUUGUUUUUCCUGCCUGAUUUUUGUCGUUUCGUUUCCCACAUCAUGUCUGAAUUCCAUUUUACCUUAUAUAUUGUAACAUAGUUUUUGUGCCAUAUUGCUGUGGUACUUUGAAUAUUGAGUAGCGUGGGACUUUUUAAAUCUGUAACAAGGUACGGUAUGAAAGGCGUAUUCAAGAUGUGAAAUACUGUGACCUAAAAACAUUCAACAUCAAAGUGUCAGGAGUGUCAGUCAUUUUUGUGAAACUAGAUUUUUGUAUGCCUGGAUGAAUUUGUUGCAAGCAAAUCUUUAGUCAUUAUUGUGGACUGAUAAUACUGUAGUACUGCUCCCAGCUGCUUGUAUCGAUUCACACACCUUUGCUUGUUUUUCUCCACCAGUUUCUUCAGCCUCCAUCUUGAAUGUGCAUGUAUCUCGGCAGCAUUUUAUUUCACGUUCAUUGCAGCCCUGUUGAUACGAUAAUACACUAAACCACAUGUUCCUUGUUAUUGUACCACAUCACUCGUUUUUCACAUUGAAAACCUUCCCUCACCUGAGUUUGACAUGUUAUGGCCUUAUUUAUAUUAUUGUAUGGAGGUUUGCUUCACUCUGCUCGGAUUUGGUAAAUGUACUUACCUACUUAAAACUGAAAUGUUAAUGAGAGUCAAACAAUCUCUUCUGCAUGUCAGUACAGUGUGCAUGUCACUUUAUAUGAACUCCAGGGAGAAAAUGUGAAUGGCAGUUAUGACAUUAUGUUUUGUAUUUUAUGUCUGUGCAAACAAUAAAAACACAGGCAGCUGUUUUAUUUUU